GGUAUGAGUUGAGUCUGUAGCGAGGGGAGAGUGUUGUUUGACGCAGGCGGCGGUGAUGGUGGUGGUCGGUGUAGAUACUGUUGCCGCUGCUGCUGAUGAUAAUGAUGGUGAUGAGAGGAUAUUCAUACACGCAUGUUCGGUUGAGUGAAUCGUAGGUUCGGGAGUUACGGGGAUGUAAUUGGUAUCAUAAUUGAGGCGGUGCAGCAUUGUCUCUUUUGGGGUUCUCUUUUAUGAGCGUCUCUUUUUUCCAAUUUGGGUCGACGGAGGUUGCCUAAUUGGCGCUGGAAGGGUUCUUUGAGAGUUUCGGCGACGAGACAAGGUCAGAAGGGUUGUGCGAUUGAGGACGGUUCGGUCAAGAUCAGAACGCCCUGUUUGUUUGAAGCGAGAAGGAGCGAUGGGAGGAUCGGAUUUUGAGGAGUUUGAAUUGGUGGAAGAUGACGUGAAUUGGGAGGUGGAGAAGGAGAAAGAGAAGACGAAGGAGGUGAUCAAGUUGCCUACUACGCUCGUGCUCGUCGGCCGCACUGGGAAUGGUAAGAGUGCGACUGGGAAUUCGCUUCUGGGGAGCACGGUCUUCAGGUCGCGUGCUUCGUCUGCGGCUGUCACGUCCACAUGUGAGGUUCAAGAAACUGCUCGCCCUGAUGGACGCCGUCUCCGGGUGAUCGAUACUCCAGGUUUAUUUGACCCCAACCUACCACCACACUAUAUCGGCAAGGAGAUUAUGAAGUGUUUGGAUCUUGCCAAGGACGGAGUACAUGCUCUACUUAUGGUUCUGUCUGUGCGUAAUCGGUUCACAGACGAAGAAAUCGCUGCUGUUGAGAGUUUACAAACAAUUUUUGGAGAGAAGGUGGUGAAUUACAUGGUUGUUGUGUUUACUGGUGGCGACGACUUAGAAGAUGAAUCACUAGACGAUUUUCUUGAGCAAGGUGCUCCUGCGUAUCUCAGGAAAUUCCUUGAGAAAUGCGGCGAUAGGAAAGUUUUGUUCGAAAACAAAACCAAGGACAAGGCCAGAAAGGCUAAGCAAACAGACGACUUGCUUCGCAUUAUUGAUGACAUGCUUCUGAAGAACGGUGAUAAUCCAUACACGAAUGAGCUGUUCAAGGAAGCUCAGGAGAUUGCAUUUAAGACGGAACAAGGGAAGAGCAAGUUGGCGGCACGGGACGCACGCGCUUCUUAUGGUCAAGACUUGCAGGACAUUAAAAGAGAUUUGGAAAAUAAGUAUGAAGAGCAAGUCAAACAGCUCAGAGAAAUGGUCGAGUCUAAAAUCAGAUUAAAUGCCGAAAGGUUAGAGGAACGGUUGUCAAGGGAGCAAAGUGCUCGUGAGGCUGCUGAGGAACGUGCACGAGCAGACAAGUCUAGAGCUGACGCUGAACUACAAGCACUUCGUGAGGAGCUCGAACAGGCCAAUCGUGAGAGAGAGGAGCUUAGUAGGAAGAUUCAGGAGGAGCUGAGUAACCGAAAGUGCCUCAUUUUAUAACUUCGCUUGCAUCACGUUCAUGUUCAGAACGAAAAAUUCCGACUUAGCUUGGUUCCUUUGUAUCACAUAAUUGUAUAUACUCAUGCUCCUCAAUCCUGACCUCUUUGCAAUAUCUACUUAGUUAAUUACGACCUUUAUAUCGUAGUCAUUGUAGAGGUAAAUUUCACGUAACCCCACAGUGAAGGUUUCCGGACGGGCACUUGGUUUUGCAAUAAAGGUUUUUCGUCCCUUGAUUUUCA